AUGGCUUCCGAUAGCGCCUGGAAACCUCGGAGACCUCCACAUAUCACCGUGAAUUCUGGCAGCGCAGGAGAUAUUCGUGACGCCAUGUUUCCCGACGGUUCGCCGCCCAGCGCCCCUGGGACGCCUGGGACACCUGGGGCAUCGAGGCAGUUACUACCCGCACAAAGGCCAACGGCCAGCGCACCGCGAGGGAUAUAUACCGCUCCCGGCGUGGGAGAAUCGUCAGAAAUGUUACUGCCCCCAUCAAGAGCACGACCUGCAAGACCCUACCAAGAUGUGCCAAACAGCCCGGUCCAUUCAGUCUCAGGGAUGUCUUCAAGGAGAACAAGCUGGAGCUCAGAGGCAGGGGACAGCCGCAUCGGGCCCUUUGCCUCGCCAUUUGACGACUCGAGAGCCCCCUCAAGGGCCGGCAGCGACGAUGAGAAUGUCAACACCCAGACAGUGUCAGAAAAAUAUAACAUCAUGCCUUCAGAGGGGCUCCUACUCUUUCCAGAAGAUGUCGAGAAGGACGACUACCUACACAACCCCGAUCCGAAUGACACGGACCGAGAAAAGUGCGACAUUUUCUCAAAGCGAGGGGCAAUGAACAUAGGAGGUUUGGCCUUCGUCUCUCUGGGAAUACUAGUAUUGUUUGUUGGGUAUCCUAUAAUAUCAUUCACACGUCAAAUGACCAGGCCGCACGUAAGCGAAUGUGCAAAGGAUAAUAAUUGUUUUACAGACCAGGCACCUGCGAUCCGGAAUUUGAGACUCGGAUUGAUUGAUCCAGAUACACCCCAAUCUGCCAUGACCAAAACGUCACACGAUGGGAAGAAACUGAAGCUGGCGUUUUCGGAUGAAUUCAAUAAGCCUGGGCGGACAUUCUAUGAUGGCGAUGAUCCCUAUUUCCAAGCCGUGGAUAUUUGGUAUGGUGUGACGCAGGAUCUAGAAUGGUAUGACCCAGAUGCGGUAUCGACUGCCAACGGGACGCUCAACUUGAAGUUUGACGCUUUUCAAAGCCACAACCUUAAUUUCCGCUCUGGCAUGGUACAGUCCUGGAACAAGUUAUGCUUCAAGGGAGGGCGAAUGGAGGCAAGUAUUUCUUUGCCAGGUCGCGGGGAUAUCGAAGGUUUCUGGCCUGGUUUCUGGGCCAUGGGAAAUCUUGGGAGACCAGGAUACCCGGCUACCACCGACGGUCUAUGGCCUUACAGCUAUUGGGACAAGUGUGAUGCCGGUAUCACGGCCAACCAGAGUUCUUCAGACGGGAUUAGUUUGUUGCCGGGGAUGAAACUGCCGGCCUGCACCUGCAAGGGCGAGGACCAUCCCUCUCCAGGACGCUCUCGAUCGUCGCCUGAAAUUGAUGCCCUCGAGGCCAGCGUAGGGUUCAUCGGUCCGGGGAAGUUUGAUGGGGCUACUGGAACUGUCUCUCAGUCUUUCCAAGCGGCGCCCUUCGAUAUCUUCUAUCAACCAGACUACGAUUAUCUUGAGAUAUAUGAUAAGCAGGUCACUGGUAUGAACGCUUACCGUGGUGGUCCUUACCAACAAGCCGUUUCAGCAGUGACUUGGCUGAACAACGGCUGGUAUGAUAACAAUGCCUACCAAACUUUUGGCUUCGAAUAUGCCCCAGGGGAUGAUGGAGAUAUGAGCUGGUUUGUGGGAGACUCAAAAACUUUCAGACUGGAUCCCCGUUCCACACGACCCAACGGCAACAUAGGCCAGCGUGUAAUCCCAGAGGAGCCAAUGAGCAUAAUCAUGAACUUCGGGAUGUCCACCAGUUUCGCCCAAGUUUUCUUGCCCAACCUAGUAAAAUUGAUGCCGGCCACAAUGAGAAUCGAUUAUCUUCGGAUUUACCAGGAUCCAGAUCGCUCGUCAAUCACUUGCGACCCGCCCAAUUACCCAACGACUGAGUAUAUCAAGGAACAUAAAAGCGUGUACAACAAUCCAAACUUGACACAAUGGAAAGAUACUGGCUACAAAUGGCCGAAGAACACCCUAGUCAAUGACUGUACUUAA